UAAUUUAAACAAUGAAGAUGAAAUCAGUGCUAAAUAAAAUCAGUUAUGAACAGCCCAAUGCUCUUUCGCUCCCAAACUCAGUCGAGAAGCCCAAUGAUAAAUAAGAAGAUGGCAGCAUACUCAACUUUUCAAAGGAAGGACUAUCAGGAUUAUUACCAGUCUGAUAAAUCUAAUGAGAAGUCUGCUACCAAGAAAUCUACCUAUAAGCCCAAUGCCUCGGCCACGAAGAAAUGAUAUGAUAAAUAUCAGUACCGGAGUGUAGAGGGAGGCCAAAAGAAAACGAGGGCAACAAUAGAUGCCAAGAUUUCUGCACACUGCAAAGAAGAAACUGAAAAUUAUGAAGAACGCAAGACUUUUCAAAUAAAUCGAGGGAGCAAGAGAUCUUACGAAAGACUUAGAAAUUCUCCUAAGAAUUGUGAUACCAGAGAUCUUAGGUGAUCACAAAAGAAUAAUUUUAUUUCAAAGGAUUUUUCAGCAGCUCAAAAACAAAAUAAAUCAGCAUAUACAUCUAAAUGCUCUACUAGCAAGAGAAACUACCAGAGCAUGCCUCAGGAAUCGUUAAAGUACAAAGAAAAGGGCUGCAAAUCAUUCAAAAAUCCUCCAGAGGAUCCAGAUCCAAUCAAGAUUAAUGCUUCAAAAAUUGGGCAAUCUGGUGGACAUCCCAAAACGAUAGCUAAAGAUAAAAUAAAAAGAACAUGGUCAAAGAAAUCGUAUCAAGAAGAACCUAAAGUACCUAAAAUGACUAAGAAAUAUUCCCAAAGAAGGGGAUCAAAUACUGAUGAGAACGAUCUUCUCACCAAAUCACGGAUCCCAGUACCAAAUGCUGUUAGAAAGAUGAUUAAAAAUACUGAGACUAAGAAAAAUAGAUAUCAUCACAAAGGAAGGGCACCAAUCACGGUUAGAGAGCCUUAUACAGGAACCAACAUCAGAGAGCCUGAAGAAGUACUUCAAAUGAGCUAUGAAGCUAAUACAAUCAGGGAUAAUAUUUAUAACGAAGACCGGUUAGAUGAGCUGAAUCCCACAAUUCAGGACUUCUCAACUGAAGUCCUGACAGAUGACAUAAAAGAUAAUCUUGUAGUCAACUUGGAGCACCUCAUUGAUGAGGAACUCUGUAUCAACAAAAUCCUUGGAAACAUCAUGAAGAAGAAGUCGGUCCAAGAUUACUGAGUCCAAUGGUGGGAAAUCACAGAAAACUCAUCUGUUAAAGAAAUGCAAGUUUUCUUUGAAGAAGAGCUAUCCAGAAGGUUGAUCAAAAACCAUCAAGUUCUCUUGUGUAUUUUCAUCGGAUUUAUUGAAAGCCAUCAAAAUUUCAUCUAUAAAUUCUCUCAAUGUUGGAGUAAGGCCAAGAAUUUGAUCAAAUACCUACAAAGAAGCUAUUUAGUAUUCAUACAAUUCAUCAACAAUAAUUUGAGCGAUGAUCAGUAUAACUCUGCAAUGGACUGGGCUACCAGGUUGAAUAACAUUCUUUGAACAAGGCCAGUGAUGGAGGAGCUAUAUGGUGUUCACAACUCAGCGUUAUUAACUAACAACAAUGAGAUCUGUACUAUCUUGAUUAAGGACCUGCUAAAGUCAAACAAUUCGAACUGGACUUUUCAGAAUCAGAUUUUAAGAAUUUUGAAUGGGCUAGAAACUGUAGAUCUUCUUGAUGUACGAACCAUUGUGAGUGCUAUUGUGAAAGAGACAAAACUCCAAAAGCCAAGCCCAACUGUCAAUAUUCGGAAAGCACCUAGGCUUCAAGACUGGGAUGUCCAGGUUGAACGAGAGAAACGUCUUGAUGACAGAGAAGAUAAUUCUCCAGAUAUUUUCAGUGAGAAGAAGAGCUUCAAAUACAAUGAGAACUCUUUGAAAAAGGAAAAAUAUAAAAUUGAAGUAAACAAAAGCUCUGUAGUUGAGAGGUCUCACUCUAAAUAUUAUUAUGAAAAGAACCUCAGCUUUGAAGAGACUAAAACCAAUAGAGUUCUAGAUUUCAGGGAUUUAAACUGAGAGAGUUUUGACUUAGAGAAUGACAAGCAAAACUCGAGCAAGUUUCAUCUUGAAAACUCUUCAAGCAGACUUGAAAAAUUUUAUUCUAAAAAUAGACACAAAAAAUCAGUUAAGAAUUCAAAGGAUAUUAAGAAGUAUAAGCCAUCAAAAGCUUGGAAAGAUUAUGAUGAAAACGAUUCCUAUAUUGAUCAAGCAAGUUGUGAGUCGGAAGAUCCAAACCCUAUAAUUCCUGUUCCAGUCCCCCCAGAGGCAAAGCAGUUGGCUCAGUUUACCAAGAAUAGUCCUCCCCAGGUCUUAUCAAAAACAUUGAGAAACGAUGUGAAGAAAGAAGUAGACCGCAACAAAUUUAUAGAAGACUCUUCUCACCAGAAUCCUCAAGAUGAAUCUCUUGAAAAUUUUCUCAAAAAUGAUGAAAAGACUUUGUACAAGAAAAUGAAGAAGGACAAAAAUGGUCUUGUUAUGAAAGAUUGGACUUCAACCCCUACAAAGAAUAAGUUUGCUAGCAGUACAUAUAACUCAGGAACUUAUACUAUGAACAAGACCUUCCAAGUCAAUAGAAGGCAAGAGCAAAAUUUGAAGACUGCUGUUCAGGAGGUGACUAAGAAACCUCUAGAAACUCCUCAAGGAACUCCUUCGAAGUAUAUAGCAAUGAGCUUGACUCAGAAAUGUAAGACUCCCACUCCAGUACCUCAAAAGAAAGCAUUCAUGACUCGGAAGGAUGAAAGGCUGACCAGGUUUGAGAAUCAGACUAAAGCUCCAACAUUAAAUGAUAGCUUUAACAAGAAAAAGCAGAGCACUGGUUUGGUAGACAUGAUUGCAGACGCUGUGGCUCCAUUCUUCAAAAGAAUGCGGAAUAAGUCUGUCUGAAAAAGUAUUGAAAGAGAUCUCAGAGAUGUUGCCAAAGAUUACAGAAAUAAUAAACCAUUGAGAUUUGCUACACCAAAGCCAAAUAAGAAAAAUUUUGAUAUCACUUUUAACUCAACAAAUGGAUUUAAUUCUAAAAAAGAGAAGGAAGAAGCUAAGCAGAAUGCUAGAGAAGAAGUUGUGAUAAAGCAAGUUACUCAUCAAGAAGUGGCAAAUUCAGAAAGUAAAACUCUAAUAUCAGACAACAAGCCUCAAGAGACAACUAACCUUACUCCUAUCCCUAUAGUUUGGGAUAAAGAUGAAGGAGACUCAACUCUUGACAACAAUCAGGUUUAUAUGGUCGAGAUGAAAGGACAGGAAAUAAUCAAAGAGCUGCCAUUUACUCAACGUCCAAAUGCUGAAAUAGAGUCUAGGCAGAAGAAACCAAUAGCUCGCGAUAAUAAAAGAUUUGACUGAAAUAAGUUGAAUGAACAGAAAUAUGAUGCUAUCAAAUUUGAAAAUCUUGAAGACUCCAUCAGAGUUGACCCAUUACCUGAUCAUGAUAAAAUAGACCAUCUCAUAGGAAGGGAUAGUAUAGAUUUCACUGAUGUUAACCAGUUCCUUACUAUUGGAGAUGAUGAAACUUUCUCUCUAAAUGAGACUAAUCUCUCACCUAAUAAGAAGACAAAGUUUGAUGUCCUUGAUGAGUUUAUGACUCCUAGUAACCAUCAUGAUGAAAGGAAGAGGUCAAAAUCUGACUAUGCUAUGACAAAUAAGCCUAUUGCUGAGCAAGCCUCGCAGGAGGAAUCGAAGGAUUGCAAAUAUCAGUCUCCUUUAUUAAAGAAUAGCAGCUUUGAAUGAAAAACAUCAAGAAAGAAUGAUAGGAAAGCAACUCUAAACAGCGAUGAAAGUAUCAAGGAAGAAAACCAGCUAAACCAGCUACAGUUAUUGAAAAGAUUUUCAGUGUCAAAAUCAAAGCUUCCUUCUAGCCAUCUCCCAGAUUCUCAGGAGAAGGACCCUGAAACUCCGAAUAUCGUGAAUAAGCUACAAGCAAUGAAUAAGUCUGAGGAUCUUGAGGAAGAUUCUCAGCAGGAUAGUCUAAAAGAUUCAAAGACUGCUCCAAAAUUCUUAGUGAUAGAUACAACCGAAGAAGAACUAGAAGAGCUUGCUAAAAUAGAUGCUGAACUAGCCAGAGCAAAUAGUGAGGAUUAUUGCUCGAGCUAUGAUGAAACUUCUCUUAUAUAUGAAGAUAUCUCAAUGCCACCUAUUAAGGAAGGGUAUCAAUAUACUCUUGUCAUCGACUUGGAUGAGACCCUCAUCCAUUAUAAUGACGAAGGAUUUUACCUUGUCAGGCCAGGAGUCCAAGAGUUUUUAAGCGAACUUUCAAAGUACUAUGAACUCAUGAUUUUCACUGCAGCAUUAAAAGAUUAUGCUGACAUGAUAAUUGACCAAAUCGAUCCGGAGAAGUAUAUCACUCACCGCCUGUACAGACAGCACUGAACCCCAAUUGGAGAAUUCCAUGUGAAAGAUAUUGAGAAAAUAGGAAGAGGACUAGAUAAGAUCCUGAUCAUUGAUAACCUUGCUGAAAGCUUCUCAAAGCAACCUCAGAAUGGAAUCUUAGUCAAAGAUUGGUUCGAUGAUAUGGAAGACCAAGAGCUCAGGAUGUUGGUACCUUUCCUCAAGUCCUUGGUAGAAACCCAAGUCCCAGACGUGAGGGAAGAAAUUAGAAAAGUACUAGAAUACUCUGAUGAAUAACUUCUCUAAUUUAUUUUUAAUUUUCAAGCACUCAAGCUUUU